UUCAGAAGUAAUAUUUGGCAGUUGAAAGAAAGUUUGGUGAGAACGUUUGUUUAUAAAAUGAUUUGUAUGUUUAUUUAAACCCUACACGGAAAUUCAUUUCAACAAAAAAUCCGAGGAAGAGAAUGUGGAGGCUAAGGAUCGGAAAAGGAAGAGACGAGGGGCCGUAUUUGUUCAGCACAAAUGGAUACGUCGGCAGGCAGGUUUGGGAGUUCGAUCGAGACGCAGGCACUGCCGAGGAGUUAGAAGAGGCCGACCGAGCUCGACGGAACUUCCACGACAACAGGACACGUGUCAAAGCCUCCGCCGAUCUUCUCUGGCGCAUGCAGUUUCUGAGGGAGAGAAACUUCGAGCAAAAGAUCCCUCGAGUGGAAAUUGAGGAUGCGGAGGAAAUCACAUAUGAAGUGGCAAGGACCGCGCUUAGAAGAGGAGUUCACUAUUACGCCGCCUUACAGGCCGAUGAUGGGCACUGGCCUGCUGAAAACUCCGGCUCUUUAUUUUUCGAGGCUCCUUUCGUUAUAUGUCUUUACGUAACUAGGCAUCUGGAUAUGAUCUUCACUCCUGAACAUUGCAAAGAGACCCUACGUUAUUUGUACAAUCAUCAGAACGAAGAUGGUGGUUGGGGGUUGCAUAUAGAAGGCCAUAGCGUUAUGUUCUGUACGGUUAUCAACUAUAUAUGCCUACGAAUCCUUGGAGUCGGAUCUAAUGGUGGUCAAACAAAAGCAUGUACAAGGGCCCGAAAGUGGAUUCUCGACCACGGCGGUGCCACAUGUACGCCACUGCUCGGAAAGGCUUGGCUUUCGGUUCUUGGAGUGUAUGAUUGGUCUGGUUGCAUACCCAUACCACCCGAGUUUUGGAUGCUUCCUUCUUCUUCUCCUGUGAAUGGAGGUACAAUUUGGAUUUACUGUCGUGAUGUUUUCAUGGGAUUGUCGUAUUUGUAUGGUAAAAAGUUCGUUGCUUCCCCAACGCCUCUAAUUUUAGAGCUUCGAAAAGAACUCUACACUCAACCUUACCAUACGAUUGAUUGGAAGAGAGCGCGACACCAAUGUGCAAAGGAAGAUCUCUACUACACUCAGACCCUUGCACAUAAUUUGUUUUGGGAUAUUGUUCAUACGUUCUCUGAACCUUUUCUAAACCGCUGGCCUUUCAACAAGUUGAUAAGACAAAAGGCUCUUAAAACGACAAUGGAACUCAUCCACUAUUACGACGAAGCAAGUCGAUACAUUACAGGUGGAUGCGUCGAAAAGCCGUUUUUUAUGCUUGCUUGUUGGGUUGAAGACCCUGAAAGCGAUUACUUCAAGAAGCAUCUCGCUCGAGUCAAGGAUUUCAUAUGGGUGGGGGAGGAUGGUAUGAAAAUCCAGUCUUUCGGCAGCCAAUUGUGGGAUACAACGUUUUCACUUCAAGCCCUGCUAGCAACCGAGUUUGGAAAUGAAAUAAGAUCAACACUCAUCAAGGGAUAUGACUACUUGAAGAAAUCUCAGGUAGCAAAGGAUCCGCCCGAUAAUCACAAAAAAAUGUUUAGACACAUCUCAAAAGGAUCAUGGACAUUCACAGACCAAGAUCAAGGAUGGGGAGUUUUAGACUGCACUGCUGAAAGUUUAGAGUGUUGCCUAGUCUUUUCAACCAUGUCACCGGAGUUUAUUGGAGAGAAAAUUGAACCAGAGAGGUUACAAGAUGCAGUUAACUUCCUUCUCUCUCUACAGAGCAAAAACGGAGGUGUAUCUGCAUGGGAGCCCGCGGUUGGGAAGCAUUGGAUGGAGUGGUUUAGUCCCGUGGAGUUCAUGGAAGAUAUGGUUGUGGAACAUGAGUAUGUGGAGUGCACAGCUUCAGCGGUAGUGGCACUGGUGUCCUUUAGAAAUGUUUUUCCAGAUCACCGGAAGAAAGAGAUCGAAAGUUUCAUCACGAAAGCCGUAGAUUAUAUCGAGAAAAAGCAAACGGGGGAUGGUUCUUGGUAUGGUAACUGGGGCGUGUGCUUCUUCUAUGGUACGUUCUUUGCGCUACGAGGUCUUGUGGCUGCCGGGAAGGAUUAUGCAAACUGUGCAGCCGUUCGUGGAGCGGUCGAGUUUCUUCUUCGGACCCAAAACAUCGAUGGUGGGUGGGGUGAAAGCUACUUGUCUUGCCCUAAUAAGAAAUACACUCCUCUACAAGGAAACAAGUCCGAUGUUGUGCAUACCGCUGAAGCCAUGAUGGGUUUGAUACUGGCCGGACAGAUGGAGAGAGGGCCUGCCCCUGUUCACCGUGCUGCGAAAAUGGUGAUCAAUUCGCAAUUGGAAAAUGGCGAUUUUCCUCAAGAGGGGAUCAUGGGAGUUUUCAAGAUGAAUGUGAUGCUACAUUAUCCGAACUUCAGGAACUCUUUUACGUUGUGGGCACUCGCGGAAUACACCAAGCGUCUCAAGUUCAAAUGAUCCCGUUGUUUAGCCGAGCAAAUCUUGGCAUAGAAAAUGAACAUAAGAAAUGCGAAUUUUCAUGCUAUUUAUAUAUCUAAUCAAUGGUAUGAAAACAAAACGAUAUGGUCUUACCCAAAAUUGGUUGACUCAACUAGUAAAAAGAUAGCAAAAAUUU